AUGUCCGAGCCAAAUAAUCCAUUCGCUGGGUUGUUAGGUGCUUCUGAAGUGUCUUCAACUGCUAUUGAAUCAACUCAUGUUGAGGAUAACGCAGCAUUUCCGAAUAAUUCCAAAGUAACACCAGCCGACGAGGACACUGACACAGUAAAUAACAUUGCUGAAAACGUUUUCCACUUUACGAUUAAUCCUAAUGCUGGGCAAGGAUAUCCAGUGGGAGACAGACAAUUAGUUUUUUUGGAGGAAUUGGCACAAGCAACUAAGCCACAAGUGUAUUUAGAUUUGGAAGCCUUGGAGCAGGCAUUGUUUGAACGCUUGCUUCUUCCAAAUAUUGAACAAUCUGUUAUACCAAAAGGGAGCUUAGUUUUCAAAGAACAUGUUGUGCAGAAGCAAGUUUUCCAAUAUUUGUUCAGUUCAAUUCAGAAUCUUCAAAGUUAUGAGCAUGUAAAUACUCCAGUUGUGAAGAAUGCUGUUCAACGCAUGAAGGAACUUAUAUUAAGAAAUGCAGUGACAGCGCUGAAGCAGCCAGCAUUGUUUGAAGGACAAGAUUUUACUAUACAACUUUUAGAACUUUUAAAGCAUGUAGACCCACAGAGUCAUACAUUUUUCAUAGAUGUAGUAAAAGCUUUUAUGGCAGAUGGUGACCCAAGCUCCCAGGAACAGUUAAGAGAUGUCAUGAUACUAGUAUUAAAAAGGAUCCAUGUAGAUGUGAAUAAAUCUAAUCUAAUAAAUUUACCCAUUUAUGUAUUGCCGUCUAUACAGCUUUUUGCUAGCAACCAAUGGCUAGCCCCUAUUCUACUGGAGGCGAUCGAACCUAGAAAUGAAACCAAUGGUAGGUUCUACCAGGAUUCUGUGGUUGGAGCGCUGCUGUCACUUUCAGUUCUUCCCAGAAAUGCAUCAGCAAGAAGUGACUUCUUUGAUAAUCCGGUAGAUCAGGCUGCAGCGUCAAUGAUAGAGACAUCAGUUUGGAAUGCCUCAUCACACCUAACAAACAACUUACAUAGGAUAUUCCUAACAAUCCUCAAGAGUGGACCACAUCUAAGAAACCGUCUAUUAACGUGGAUUGGCAAAUGUUUGAAGUCAAAUGUUGGUAGAGGGAAAUUAUGGAAUGUACAGCAUGGAGAAGCGAGUGCGACAUCUUUAACCACAGUGUCAGAUGGUUUUAUGCUAAAUUUAGGAUCAGUGUUACUGCACUUAUGCCAACCAUUCUGCAAUUCUGCUGAUGACCCAAAGGCACUCAAGAUUGAUCCUACUUAUGGAGCUGUUUUGCCUGAAGAAAGUGUGGCCAAAUGCGUGCAUUUGGACUGUUUACACAAUGAGACGUGCUUACUGCCAGCGAGAGUGACAGAUGAUGACCAGCCAGUCAAGCGGCCUACCGCUAACAGUUACAACUUUGUCACCGAGUGCUUCUUCAUGACACAAAAGUGCAUUGAUUUAGGCGUCCGAGUGUGUGCAGAGAAGUUAUGGCGUUGUGGCCAGGAGCUGGGCCAGGCGCAGCGCGCGCUCGCAGACGUGGCGGCCGGCGCGCACCACCUCGUCGAGCCCAUGCGACAACGGACGGAACAUCUCAUGACCAAAUUCAUGAGUCUCCGCUGUGCCUUACUGGAGAAGGAUAUGUUGACAAACUUAAAUCGGCUGCAAGCGACAACUUGUACGUGGUUAGUGCAAGUAGCGAUCCGACCAAAUGAUAACACGUCACAGCAGUGCUACGCUCCUAUAACCACUAUGGCCGUACAAAUGCCCAUUACUAGCCCAGCGCCUGAUACUUUAAGAUGUGUCCCGGAAUUUGUGUUGGAGAACAUAGUGGUCCUGAUAACGAUGGCGCGCCGCACGGUGGGCGCCAUCACGGAGGAGGCAGACAUCGCGGGACUACUGCGGCCCGCGCUCACACUCGUACUCACCUUCAUGGGGGACUCCGCUAGGACGUAUAACCCACAUCUAAGGGCGCGACUAGCAGAAUGUUUGGAAGCGAUGUUGCCCAACCAUCCUGAAGACCAGCAGCCAUUGAGCAGCUUAGCAUCCUUCUACAGAGAACAACUCUUCAAGGAGCACCCACAUCGAAUGCAGCUAGUACCCUGUCUCCUGGACGUGUUCGUGGGUAUCGAGAUGACGGGUCAGAGCGUUCAGUUCGAACAGAAGUUCAACUACCGCCGCCCCAUGUACCUCGUCAUGGACUUCCUAUGGGAAAUGGAAGAACACAGAUUUGCAUUUACGCAACUAGCGAAAGAAGCAGAAUCCAACAUGGAGGCUGUCCACCCACCGAUAUUCUUACGUUUCGUCAACUUGCUGAUGAAUGAUGCCAUCUUCUUACUAGACGAGGCCCUCGGGAACAUGGCGCAGAUACGCACAAUGCAGACUGCACAACAAUCAGGCGCAUGGGCGAACUUACCAUCACAGGAGCGUGCGCAGAAUCUAUCAAACUUAUCUCACAUCGGAAUGUUGGCUCGUUUCGACAACAUAUUGGGUCGCGACACUAUACGCACACUCGUCCGCCUCACUGCGCACGCGCCAUACGUCUUCUGCCAUCCUACACUUGUAGAACGCAUCGCGUCCAUGCUCAACUACUUCCUAUUACAUCUUGUUGGACCUAAUAAGAAGAAUUUUAAGGUGAAAGACAUGAAGGAGUACGAGUUCGAGCCAGCCAGUACAGUGCUGGACAUCUGUCGCAUGUACGUGGAGUUGGGCAGUAACGAGCGGUUCUGUGCCGCGGUAUCAGACGACGGCCGGUCAUACUCGCCGCAAUUGUUCACACUCGCUGAGGCUGUGCUAGCGCGCAUCGGAGGUGGUGGUCUAAUAGGAUCACUGCGGGAAGUGGCAGCUUGUGUGCAGAAGUUCGCAGUGCAGCGACAGCGAGAUGAAGAGAUUCUCGCGAACGCACCUGAAGAGUUCCUUGACCCCAUCAUGAGCACACUUAUGAUGGACCCUGUGAUACUGCCCAGUUCACGGACCACUGUUGAUAGGACCACUAUCGCACGACAUCUCCUGAGUGAUCAAUCGGAUCCGUUCAACCGCUCGCCGCUGUCCAUGGAUCAAGUAAAAUCCAACACGGAACUUAAAGAGAGGAUCCAAGCGUGGAUAGCUCAACAGAAGCAGAAUAUUGCUCAAACCACGACCAGUAGUGAAUAG